AAAAGCGUAUCCAUUGACCGUAAAUACUGGGGAAAGAUUUAGGCUACGCCUUCUUUGUCAUUUCGAAGACAGAGAAAAGAAAAAACAACGACCGAAUAGGCUUUGGUCCUCUCUCCUGAAAAAUCGUCAACUCCUCGUCUCAAAAAAAUAAAUAAUCUUCUAUAUUUCAACGAGGUGUUUAAGUUUAAGGAUAUUUAUCAUUUUGUCGGAUUAGAUUUUUAUUUUUAUUUUUUUAGAUUUUUUGUAUUUGUAUUUUCGGCUAAGUAGAUCAGGAAUUGUUUUAUAAAUCGAUUGGAGAAAGAAAAGAAAAUUAAAAAAAGGGAGAAUUGAUGGAUGGAAUAAUGAAUAAGCUAAGGAAUUUAGAUGCGUACCCGAAGAUAAAUGAGGAUUUCUACAGCCGUACACUCUCCGGUGGCCUUAUCACUCUCGUCUCCUCCGUUGUUAUGUUUUUGCUCUUCUUCUCCGAGCUCCGAUUAUAUCUUCAUGCUGUGACUGAAACAAAGCUUGUGGUUGACACUUCAAGAGGGGAAACCCUACGCAUCAAUUUUGAUGUCACAUUUCCUGCUCUUGCAUGCUCAAUCCUCAGCCUUGAUGCAAUGGACAUAAGUGGAGAGCAACAUCUUGAUGUGAAACAUGACAUAAUCAAGAAAAGGUUAGAUGCACAUGGCAAUGUCAUAGAAACGAGACCAGAUGGAAUUGGUGCUCCCAAGAUUGAAAAGCCUUUACAGAGGCAUGGUGGCAGGCUCGAGCACAAUGAGACAUAUUGUGGUUCAUGUUAUGGUGGAGAAGUGGCUGAUGAUGAUUGUUGCAACUCCUGUGAGGAUGUUCGUGAAGCAUACAGAAAGAAAGGUUGGGCUUUGUCAAAUCCAGAUUUGAUUGACCAGUGCAAGAGAGAGGGUUUUCUUCAGAAGAUUAAGGAUGAAGAAGGUGAGGGGUGUAAUAUAUAUGGCUUUUUAGAAGUUAAUAAGGUGGCGGGGAAUUUUCAUUUUGCACCUGGGAAAAGCUUUCAGCAAUCAAAUGUUCAUGUACAUGACUUGCUUGCAUUUCAGAAGGACAGUUUUAAUAUAAGUCACAAGAUCAAUAGAUUAGCUUUUGGAGAUUACUUCCCUGGUGUCGUGAAUCCUCUUGAUGGCAUUCACUGGACGCAAGAACAACCGAGUGGAAUGUACCAGUACUUUAUCAAGGUGGUACCUACCAUGUAUACAGAUGUGAGUGGACACACUAUCCAGUCAAAUCAGUUUUCUGUAACGGAGCAUUUUAAGGGUGCAGAAAUAGGCCAUCUUCAGUCCCUACCAGGAGUUUUCUUCUUUUAUGACCUUUCUCCUAUCAAGGUGACUUUCACAGAGCAGCAUGUCUCAUUCUUGCACUUUCUAACAAAUGUUUGUGCUAUAGUAGGAGGUGUUUUCACAGUUUCGGGAAUAUUAGACUCAUUUAUAUACCAUGGUCAAAAAGCUAUCAAGAAGAAGAUGGAAAUUGGUACUUGGAGAAGAUCAAACCAAGUAGACGAGAAGACCACUGCAACGCACUUACCCCUGUUCAGCUAUUAGCUUUCUUGGUAAACAUGACCGAAAUUUUGUUGACACAUUCUAUGGUUGAAUUAGACUGAUUUCAUAGUUCAUUUAAAAGAUGCCUUAUUACAAGUUUGAGUAGUCUUUGCGACUUGGCCCCAAAAUCAUCGAGUCCGCAAAAAGGCGUUUGGAUAUUGAUUACAUGUUUGAAUCUUCCUGAAUUGGAUACAUUUUAUUUUUCUGUUAGCUGUAUCACAAUGAAAAUCUGUUUGAAGGUAAGAGGGUUUCCACGUGAUUGAUAUGAUUUCUAGAAAACUUCAAGGUUCAGGCUGGUUCAAAGCUAUCAAACUUCUCAAAGCCUUAAAAUAAUAAAAAGAAAAUACAAAAUAAAACGGUGGUCAAAGCUUUGCAACUUCAAAUUUUACUUAACAAAUCAUGACUUGUAAUGUAAGGGGAUGGCAUUUUGCCCUAUAAAUUGAUUAAAACAGGACUUCCGGUCCGGAUGGGUUGCGGAUGGAUAUCCAUUCCCACACCAUCUAAGGCAGAUUUAUGGGGGGAUUUCUUUCUAGCAAUUUUUGCCUUCAAUUUUACUUUUUGUACUUGUAUUUUCAUCUCUUGAAGCACAAAUGAGAUGAGAAAAUUUUCCUUCUUUAAUUCAUUCCUUUUUCAUACCCGUCCAUUUGCUCAAAUUAAAAAGAAAAAGAAUUCAAAGGUGUCAAUAGGGGAAAAUAAAGAACAAAGCAUGAAGAGAGACAACAGAAUAUGAGGAUGGGAUGUGUCACUUAUGUCUUCAUUUG